AUGUGUUCAUCAAACAAUAACUGGAAUGCUGUUAAGGCACAUGCAGCAAAGCUAAUGCAGUACCUCGGAUACGCGGAUAAACGAAAAAAAUGCAAUGCGUUUAAACGAAAAUGUAGCACUGUAUAUCUAUUUUUUAUUCUGUUUUUAAGUUGCUGUAAAAAGCGUUCAUCUCUCCCACCUUACCCCUUAUGGAAGCGCGCUGAAAUGGACGAAGCAAAAACUUAUAACAACGAAGAAAUGUCUGAGGGGCUAAGUGAUCUGAUCGAUAUAAAUGCUGAGCCAGCUGUGGAAAAUGUACAAAAACAAAUAAUGUCGCAGGCUAAAAUAUUCGAAGCCAUCAAAGAAGCGAGCAAGGAAAUAUUCCGACAGAAGAACAAACAAAAAAUGAGGCAGCGUGAAGAAGUCCAAGAUAAUACUGAAGGUGUCUAAGC